GGCGGGUCAGCGCGCCGGCGCAGUGCGUCAGUCACAGGCUGGGUGUUGCAGUUUGGUCCUCGUUUUCCUGAGGUUUGGGCCAGCCAAAAGUCCAGCAGAAAAGAACAUGGUGCUAGAUUUGGAUUUGUUUAGGGUGGAUAAAGGAGGGGACCCAGCCCUCAUCCGAGAGACACAAGAGAAGCGCUUCAAGGACCCGGGACUGGUGGACCAGCUGGUGAAGGCAGACAGCGAGUGGCGACGAUGCAGAUUUCGGGCAGACAACUUGAACAAGCUGAAGAACCUAUGCAGCAAGACAAUCGGAGAGAAAAUGAAGAAAAAAGAGCCAGUGGGAGAUGAUGAAUCCAUUCCAGAGACUGUAUUAAAUUUUGAUGACCUCACUGCGGACACUUUAGCUAAACUGAGCGUCUCACAAAUCAAAAAAGUCCGACUCCUCAUUGACGAAGCCAUUCUGAAGUGUGAUGCUGAGCGGAUAAAGCUGGAAGCAGAGCGAUUUGAGAACCUCCGAGAGAUCGGGAACCUUCUGCACCCCUCUGUGCCCAUCAGUAACGAUGAGGACGCUGACAACAAAGUAGAGAGGAUUUGGGGCGACUGUACGGUCAGGAAGAAGUACUCUCACGUGGACCUGGUGGUGAUGGUAGAUGGCUUUGAAGGCGAAAAGGGAGCCGUGGUGGCUGGAAGUCGAGGGUACUUCCUGAAGGGGGUCCUGGUAUUCCUGGAGCAGGCACUCAUCCAGUAUGCCCUUCGCACCUUGGGAAGUCGGGGCUACACUCCCAUUUAUACUCCCUUUUUCAUGAGGAAGGAGGUCAUGCAGGAGGUGGCACAGCUCAGCCAGUUUGAUGAAGAACUUUAUAAGGUGAUUGGCAAAGGCAGUGAAAAGUCCGAUGACAACUCUUAUGAUGAGAAAUACCUGAUUGCCACCUCAGAGCAGCCCAUUGCUGCCCUACACCGGGACGAAUGGCUCCGGCCGGAGGACCUGCCCAUCAAAUAUGCUGGUCUGUCCACCUGCUUCCGCCAGGAGGUGGGCUCACAUGGCCGUGACACCCGUGGCAUCUUUCGAGUCCAUCAGUUUGAGAAGAUUGAACAGUUUGUGUACGCAUCGCCCCAUGACAACAAGUCGUGGGAGAUGUUUGAAGAGAUGAUCACCACCGCUGAGGAGUUCUACCAGUCUUUGGGGAUCCCUUACCACAUUGUGAAUAUUGUCUCAGGUUCUUUGAAUCAUGCUGCCAGUAAGAAGCUCGACCUGGAGGCCUGGUUUCCGGGCUCGGGAGCCUUCCGGGAGUUAGUCUCCUGUUCUAAUUGCACGGAUUACCAGGCUCGCCGGCUCCGCAUCCGAUACGGGCAGACCAAGAAGAUGAUGGACAAGGUGGAGUUUGUCCACAUGCUCAACGCUACAAUGUGCGCCACUACUCGUACCAUCUGCGCCAUCCUGGAGAACUACCAGGCAGAGAAGGGCAUCAUUGUGCCUGAGAAACUGAAGGAGUUCAUGCCACCAGGACUCCAAGAACUGAUCCCCUUUGUGAAGCCUGCACCCAUUGACCAGGAGCCAUCAAAGAAGCAGAAGAAGCAACAUGAGGGCAGCAAAAAGAAAAUGGCAGCAAGAGAUGUCACCCUGGAAAACCGGCUGCAGAAUAUGGAGGUCACUGAUGCCUGAACAUUCCUGCCUCCCAGUUUGCCAGGCUUUCAUUUCUGUCUGCUGGGAUCGCAGAGCCUGCCCAAGAGCAGGGAAGCCAAGCACCCACUCAUUGCCCUGCUCCCAUCUGACUGCAUAGGUAGAAGGGCAACAGUCUGUCAAAUACAACACACGUUGUCUCUUCGCAUGGGCAUAGGAGCUAAUCACUGAUGACUGAUGAAACCAUGUAAUAAAACAUCCCUGGGGAGGGCUCAGGACUCUUCCUCAGUCUUCUACCCAGGACUUGAGCCC